UCUUAUCUUCAUCAUUAAUCCUUCAUCCCUGUCUACAAAACUUGCAAAAAAAAAAAAAUGUUAACAUAUUUAUACAUGGAAUUUGUAUUCCAAGCUCUUUUUAGUCUGCUGAUCCUCCUCAUCCUCCUCUUCAAGCUGACAAGAAGUGGAUUCAAAGCCAAAGAGCCAAAAAGCAGGCUUCCUCCAGGACCAUGGGAACUCCCCAUCAUAGGAAGCCUUCACCACUUGAUCAUAGCCUCCUCAUUAUCAUCACUCCCUCACCGUAUUUUUAGAGACUUAGCCAAAAAGCAUGGGCCAUUCAUGCACAUGAAGCUCGGCCAUGUCUCCACAGUCAUAGUCUCUUCUCCUCAAGUGGCCGAGGAGUUCAUGAAGGCACAUGAUCUCAACUUCUGUUCCAGGCCUAAGAUAAUUGCUACCAGGAUCUUAGCUUAUGGUCAUCAGGACAUGAUCUUUGCUUCCUAUUAUGGUGAGUUCUGGAGACAACUCAGAAGGAUUUGCAUCUUGGAGCUGUUUAGUCCUAGGAAAGUCCAGUCAUUUCAAUCCAUCAGGCAAGAAGAAGCUCUCAAUCUCAUCAGCACCAUCAAAACAAGGAUGUCCUCAGUGGUGAACCUCAGUGAGCUGUUGUUCUCUCUGGGCAAUGACAUAAUAGCCAGAACUGUUAUGGGAACAAAGUGCAAAGAUCAAGCUGGUUUGUUGGAUGCAUUGGAUGAAACUGUUGAAGCAUCAGCAGCUAUUAAUCUGGCUGAUUUUUAUCCAUCUUCACGCUUGCUGAACUUGUUCUGCUGGACCAGAUUCAAGCUUGAAUUUUGCUUGCGAAAAACUGAUAGGAUAUUCCAAGGCAUCCUACAAGAGCACAGAGAGAGAAGGAUGGCUGGGAAACAGAGUAGGACAAGGGAUGAUUUUGUUGAUGUUCUUUUGAGGAUCCAAGAAGAUGGCACUCUGCCUUUCACCCUCACAGAUGAAUGCAACAAAUCUGUCAUCUUUGACAUGUUUGCAGCUGGGAGCGAGACUUCAGCAAACACGCUUGAAUGGGCAAUGACAGAGCUGAUGAGGAAUCCAUUGGUGAUGAAGAAAGCUCAAGCAGGAGUCAGGGAGGUUCUCAGACAAAGGAAGGACAUCACGGAGGAAGAAGAAGAAGGGAUAUUGACAGAGAUGAAGUACUUGAAGAUGGUCAUCAAGGAGACAUUAAGGAUGCAUCCCAGCCCAUUACUGCUCCCAAGAGAGUGUCAGGAGACAUGUGAAGUACUUGGGUACAAGAUACCUGCAAAGGCAAGGGUGCUGGUGAACGUAUGGGCCAUGGGAAGGGACCCAAAGUACUGGGAUGAAGCGGAGGAAUUUAAACCAGAGAGGUUUGAUGGUAAUCCAGUUGAUUUUAAGGGAGCUAACUUUGAGUUUCUUCCCUUUGGAGCUGGUAGGAGGAUGUGCCCAGGCAUCAAUUUUGGGCUUGCAACUGUGGAACUAGUGUUGUCUCUUCUGCUGUAUAAUUUUGAUUGGAAGCUGCCACCCGGGAUUAAGCCCUGUAAUCUUGACAUGACUGAGACCUUAGGAAUAACUUCCAAAAGGAGGACUGACUUGUUCCUGUUAUGUGCUUUGCCUCACACAUAAUUAUUAUAUAUCUCCGCAUGU